GCGUGGCCCCGAGGAGGGUUCACGUGACGUCGCGCGGCAUUGUGGGAGCGUUUGUCCUUUCCCUCUUCGCCUCGCAAGAUGGCCCGAGGACCGAAGAAGCACCUGAAGCGCUUGGCAGCGCCCAAGCAUUGGAUGCUGGACAAGCUCACGGGCGUGUUCGCACCACGACCGUCGACGGGCCCCCACAAGCUGCGCGAGUGCCUGCCGCUCAUCAUCUUCCUGCGCAACCGCCUCAAGUAUGCACUCACGGGCGACGAGGUGAAGAAGAUCUGCAUGCAGCGCUUCAUCAAGGUGGACGGCAAGGUGCGCACGGACAGCACCUACCCGGCUGGAUUCAUGGACGUGAUCACCAUCGAGAAGACCGGAGAGCACUUCCGCCUGAUCUAUGACACAAAGGGCCGCUUCGCCGUUCACAGAAUCACAGCAGAGGAGGCCAAGUACAAGUUGUGCAAAGUGAAGAAGGUUCGCGUGGGAACCAAGGGGAUCCCCUUCCUGGUGACGCACGACGCUCGCACCAUCCGCUACCCUGAUCCCCUCAUCAAGGUCAACGACACCGUGCAGCUCGACCUGGAGGCUGGCAAAAUCACGGACUUCAUCAAGUUUGACACCGGAAACCUGUGCAUGGUGACUGGCGGCGCCAACUUGGGGCGUAUUGGCGUGAUCACGAACCGCGAGCGCCAUCUGGGUUCGUUCGAUGUGGUGCACGUCAAGGACGCGAACGGGAAUACGUUCGCCACCCGGCUGGGAAACAUCUUCGUCAUCGGCAAGGGCCAGAAGCCGUGGGUGUCUCUGCCACGUGGCAAGGGUAUCCGUCUGACGAUUGCCGAGGAGAGGGACAAGCGGUUGGCUGCCAAGCAAGUGGCCAGCUAAACGGCCUGCUGCUGCAGAAUCUCUCUCCGUUCAGCCACCCACAACACUUCUUGGCAUUGUCUCCUUGUUGUCGCUUGUUUUGUCGAAAGAUCUUGUAUAGUGCAAGAGACAAUAAAAGAGGAGGGUUCCCAACA